ACCUAAGCAAGCAAAAACCGAUCUAGAAGAAACUGCGUCGUUUGGCUUGGAGAAAAGUCGACUGCUCUUUCCAUUCGAGAUCAAGCAUCUUUCGUUUCUCAUUCGGCCGGCCCGAAACCUCAUCUCUCGUUCUGCAGAACCGUCGACGGCGACAUCUUAUUGAAAUUUCGGAACCGUGGAAGAAUACCCAAAUUUAGAAUAACCCUAGAGAGAAGAAAAAGAAAUGUGGUCUCUCUCUUCCUUGCGCAGGCUAUCUUCUUCUUCUUCUUCGUUGCUUGCUAAUCAUGGAGGCCUUAAAUUCAUCACUUACAUGCCUUCUAGAUACGCCGCUUUUACACCAGGUUGGUUAGGGAAUAACAAUGGUAUUACCCGUCCUGAUAAUGUUGCAAGAGAAGGAAGUGAAAACAACAGGUUCGAAUCUUCAGGCAAUUUUAGGACAAAUAGGUUUUUGUUUGGUGAAAAGGAGAAUGUUCCUAAUCCAUCAUCUAGGAUUCGAAGUUUCCUUCCCACUUCUAUGCAGAAAGACUUCGGCACACAAAACACUGUGCCCAUGGACAUUGUUAAAGGAGUAUUAUAUGAAGAUAAUUCUCAACCUUCUCGAUACACUGUGGAGCAAAAUGCUGAUAUUGUGCACAUCAAGCUAAAGCGUAAUAAUUCUUUUGUUACACUGACGGAUUCUAAGGGAAAUACAAAGAUGUGGGCUUCUUCGGGACAUAAGGAAGUGGCAGGUGGUGGGAAAGUGGGUCGGUAUGAUGCUGAAGCAACUGCAGAAUAUGUUGGUAGGCAAGCAAAACAUAUGGGGCUGAAAUCAGUUGUGGUGAAAGUGAAUGGGUUUACUUUCUUCAAGAAGAAAAGGCAAGCGAUUAUGAGCUUUAGAGAGGGCUUUACUAAUUCUCGAAGUGAUCAGAAUCCUAUUGUUUACAUUGAAGAUACCACUCGUCGUCCACAUAAUGGAUGCCGUCUUCCAAAGAGACGCCGAACUUAGAUUGUUGCAUGUAAGCUCUA